CACCAUUUCACUCACUCAGUCACGGCCUAGUCGAUCCAUCAGUCUCUAUGUCUCUACAGACGUGUACACAAACGCAUUGCCUUAGACGAUCGGUGGUCAUGAAUGGUCAUUCAUGCGUCCAGGAAGGACACACGGUCGAACCCAGCUUCCAUGUAUUCACGCCGAUGCGAUUCCCACAGCCCUGCACACGACGUCGAUCGGCACUGUAACGACCCAUCGUACUGGUGAGAUGAUGGCCACAGCAGGCGAUGUAGCGCGGCGGCGAUGAGUGCCGCGAGUGUGUGUAUGGCGGUGAAUGCGAGCAGCCGGACGAUGACAGGCAAGGGGGGCGAAUGGGAAUCAUACAGCUGCACCAUCGACUGGCCAAAGGGGAUAGUCGGGUUCAGAUACACCUCACCGUGAUGGCCUGCACACACAUGGAUGGGUACGAACACGCAUAAAUCGUGCGUGUCUCAUAUAUGUUACUUGAUGCCAUCGCAGCGCCUGUGACAACCAUCCCGGCCAUCCAGCCCUCCUGCUGUCGGCCCUCACUGCCGCAGUCUUCCCUCGUCCGCAGCAUCACCAGCACCAGGACUGAUGUGAACAGCAGGUCGAGCAUUAAGGCCCGCAGCGACAGAGGGAAGGGUGGCGCUGGCUGGGGCUGAUCGGCUGAGGGCGAAAAGGCCUUGUCACUGACGAUAGCCCCACAGAGCGCCCCGAACAUCUGUGCGCCGACAUAGCCGCUCAGAUCAGAGAAGGAGAAGGAUGUGGACGUGGUCGUGGGCGCAGACGAAUGCUGUGGGUUUGUGAGGGAGAAGCCGAGAGACACGGCUGGAUUGAAAUGCCCACCUGACAAAACAAAGCCAGACAAACCACAGGAGCGAUACAUUCGUUGGUUGUCUGUGUGCAUGUGUAUUCUCCCAGCACCCGAGACACUCCCAAAGCAGUAUAUCAGACUCAUCAGGAUCAGCCCGCCACUCACGCUGGCCACCACGGUGUUCGGCUGUUCCGCAUUCAAGCCCACGGUCGUCAAGAUGAGAAACACCCCCAGCCCCUCCGCCAGCAGCCUUUCUUGCAGCUGGGGCGGCCUCCGGAUCCGCCUCUGCUGCAGGCCCUGGGGCUCUGGCGGGGCUGCUGGGAGAUAAUGCCCGGUGUCAUGAGAGAGAGAUGGCGUGGUUGAGAUGAGAUAUGGGGAUGUGGACAUUGCAAGAGGGAGGCUCUGGCAAGGGUACGUCGAAGAGGGAAAAGGAAUGCACCAGCAGCGUCAGUACUAAGUGUCCUCAGACUUGCGGUUGAGUAGGACGGGGACUGAGACGGAUGAAUUUUAAUGACAGAGGCGUGUUUCGUCAGAAGAAUUCUGUCGGAUAGCUUGGGUUUCGA